CGACACCGUUGUGCAAUAUGGAAUUACACUUUCAGUUUCCCCAGAACGUUGAAUUAAUCCGGCCUGAGUUUUAAUGAUUAACGUGCUUAUGUUGUCUAGCUAGGGACCAGCACAAUUAUUGUCAUAGUUCAGAACCGAUGUUUGCUCGCAAUCUUUCAGUCCUUUGUUCAGCAGCCACGAAUAAAUUCCGAUUAUCAUCUUAUACCAAAAUAGUGCACUAUGUCCAUGGCGAGGUGCUGCAUCACUCCGCUACAACAGUAUCAAUGAAUUGAUAUUGGGAUACAUUGUUCCGGCUUGAUCGAAUCAGUCGACUUUUGUAUAAUUCGAUAAGAAAAAUCAUCGUUCCGUGCCAUCGAAUCGACUCAAUUUUGGAUGAUUAAACAGGCUUCUUUUCUUUUUUAGGUGCUGAUGAAAUGUGAAAUAGAUAUCUGUGAAGAGAAACGUAAAAUGAAUUUCCUGUUACGUAUUAUAUUUAAAAACACUUACUCAGCCGGGCCUCCAAAUCCUUCUUUAAACAAAAUAAAGAAAAUGAUGUUCAGGUGGAACAAAUAAAUAUGGUUCUGGAGCAAAAUUUGAAAUUUCGACAGAAAUAUUAUAGUAUUUUGAACGGUGGUAUACCGGACCAUAACACGCAGUUGGAAAUGGUGCGCAUCGUUUGCAACGAUUUCUUCAGAGACAAAAUGAAAAACUCAUAUUAUCCGUCUACAAUGGAGAAAGCUGAUUUGGCUAAGGCCUUCCUUCGAGCAUUUCCCCAUCUAGAGGUCACGAGGGUCGAGUUGAAUGCUCCUGCGGAAUCGGCCUUUUUUUGGCACCGCAAAAUUAGUGACAGAAGGUCUCUAAACCAAGGACAUAUCGAGCGAAGGAUAACCACAAUGCGAAAAGAUGUCCCAUUUGCGAACCGCAAAUUUCAUCGAUAUAUUGAGUGCAUCCCGGAAGUGUCUAGUUCGGCCCAAUUGGCCGCAGAACUAUGUGCCUCACUGGAAGCCUCGGCUCAAAAUUGGGCCGAAAUUUCACGCCACAUGAGGGAUGCGUUUCCGGUGCUCCACAAAAUGGUUAUUGAAAAAAAGAAUUUUCGCCACGUAAUUUCAAAAUUCCCUCAUUUAAAAAGUUUUAGUGGAGCAAUGAUAUUGCAAGCCUUCAACCACAUGCACCCUGCAUGCAUUCCAAAAAUGGGAAUGCAGAGGUUCCUGGCGGAUUCAUUACUUCUGGACAAAACGGAAUACCCGAUGUUCAAGUGUGUGUACAUUAGGGCCUGUACCAUGCUGUUGGGGACAUUGAAAUCAAGAGGAUGCAAGAGGCCUGCUGAGGACUUGGAUCUGCCCUCUCGUUUCAUUGUAGCGGCCCCUCUCAUCAGAUGGGUCGAGGAAAACAAUUUAGCAGGAUACAUGAUGUGCCAAAAGGAUCCCCAUAUUUUGUGUGUCGGGCAGCACGGGGAUAUGGGUCGGUUUUAUAUUUUCCUUGCCCCGCAGGAAUACAUUGAGUGCGGAGAAGACUCCUUAAAAGUGCUCGAGGUGUUUUUUAAGGUGUUUCCAGUCCUUGGCAUACCAGUGCCAAGCCUACUCCGAAACCUGACCGUAUUGGUACAAAACAGGGUAUUCGGCAAUUGUUUGCCGGAAUCUUCAACGGUUCAGAAGAUUACCAAACGGUUUUAUGAGGCAGGGUUAGCAAGAGGUGAUGGUCUAUAAAGGACUGGAUCACGGAACUUCAUCAUGCUGUUUUAAAAGUUAUUAUUUAUAUAUAUUUGACCUAGUUUUUUAAUUUCAUUCAAUGCGA